AUGGAGAUUCGGCGGCGGGUCGACGGCGCGCCGCACGGGCGGCCGGACGCGCCGCAGAGCGAGAUGGUCUGCAUAGAGAUACGGGAUCCAGGAGAUGCUCAUACACGCGUCCUGGAUUGCAGCGGCGCAUGGACCGUCGACGAGGUCAAGGCGGCGAUGCCGGCGCUCUGGGCGCCGGACACGCUCGAUCCCCGCGGCGUGCGCUGCAUCCACCGGGGCCAGCUCAUCGAGGGCUCUGCCGUGGUGGAUACACUUGCACGAGAGGAAACGGGGCGCAUUGUCCUGCACGUUGCCAUCCGGCCCGACGCCCUCGUCCGCGCACCGGCGCCCGCGCCUGCGCCCGCGCCGGACCCGCUGCUGGCCUCGGGCUACUUCCGCGAGGCCGGCAAUCCGCUGAUGGAGUUUGUCGUGCGCCUCAAGCCGAGCGAGCUCGAGGCGCUGGGGCACGCGAUCGUCGUGACCUAUGCCUGCUACGCCCGCUACUUUGACGAGCUCGGCAAGAUUGGCGAGGGCGCACGCGACGCGCCGCGCCUCGUAAAACCGGCGUCGUUUGACUACCAGCCCGCGUGCGUCGCGGCAGAGGACGCGGCGCUGCGUGCCGCGUCGGUGGCGCUGAUCGAAAAAGAGGUGAUGCAGUGGACGCCACUGCGCGACGUGUGUGCACAGCAGCCGCCGGUGGACAUCGUAUACAAGUACGAGCCGGUGCACGUCGACGGGCGGCCGUACCUGCAGUGCACUGCCGCCGGCGAUAUGCGCCCGAUGCAGCGCAUCGUCGCACGCCGCCUCGCCUUUUUGAACGAGGCGCUGCUCGCGGUGGCGCGCCUGCACGAUCUGCAGCAGUGGAAGGUGCAGGCACCCGGCGCGAUGGUGCGUGGGCGCGAAGCGCCGCCGUGGACCGACGAUACGUGGCUCCUGCUCCAAGACAUUGUCGCGAUCCUCGAUACGCUCCUCGGCCUCGUGAUGCGUGCCACGUUCUUUGCACUCAUCUUUCUCGCGCAGGGCUCGCCGUUUGCGUGGAAGAUGGCCGCAGUUGCGAUUUUGCUGUUUGCGAUUGUGCAAGGCGUCUUGCUGGUGCGCAAGCGCAGGCGCGAGCGUGCCGAGAGCGCCGCGCCCCGAGCGCCCGCCGCGCCCGCCGCACCGAGCCCUGCAGCAGAGCCCGAGCAAACCGAGGCGGCGAUGCUCGAGCUGCCGCGUCUGCCGGCGCGCGUGUCGAGCGUGCCGUGGUACUUUCCCGAGCACUGGCUGCAGACGGCCGCGUGGAGCGGCCUUGCGUACGAAGAGGCGCAGAUGGGCUUUGAGCAUGUGCCGACAUCGGACGCGACGCAGCGCAUCCACUGGGCGACGCUCGACUUUACGCAGCCCGUCGCGGAGAGCGCGCCGCAGCUCGCAACGCCGAGCUGGCUCUUUUCGUUCGUCAUGCUCCCCCUGUUUCUGUGCGUCGUGACGCUGCAUCCCCGCGUCGAGGAGCUGCGGUCCGAUGCGAUUGCGCUGCGGCGCGAGGCGAUCUGCUCGCUCGCCCAAAAGUGGGAGCGGCUCGUGGCGAGUGGCAAAGAGGUGCGGCGCAGCAAGCCGCUGCUGCUGCAGCACCCGUACGCGGCGCGCGUUCUGGCUAUGGAGGCGGAGCGGCAGCGCAGGGCCGAGUAG